CUCUGUCUGGGGAGAAGGGGGGUUGGGAAGGCAUCCUUUAAGGCGCCCGCACAUUCUGUAUGGGAACCUUGCUUACUUCUUGUUUUUUCUUCCUUUAAACAAAGCUCAGAAUCAGGGCUGUGGGGCAGCCCAGGCCUGGUUCCCAGCAAGCCUCAUCCACGCGGGAUCAGGGAACAUCUUUCUUUUCCCCAGACAGUGUGGCAAUUUUAUAACCGAGUAAUGCAUUUGCUUUGCAGGAUUUUCUAGCUGCUCUAAUUUGGACAGACUGAACACGGCAGGAGAAAAAAGGGAUUUCUUCUGAUCUCUUGGAGGUUUCCUGAGAGCACAGAUGGAUGAGCGAGACUCAGCUGGCCCUGAAGCAGGAAGAGGCCAUGGGAGCAGUGGGGGAUUCUGGGAAAACUCUGUGCAGAAGAUCCUGGGUGAGGAGGACACCCUCUGCUCAGAGGUGCAAAGCCAGCAGUUCAGCCGGUUCUGCCCCCAGGAGGCCAAAGGACCCCGAGAAGUUUGCAGAAGACUCUACCAUUUCGACCAUCAAUGGCUAAAGCCAGAAAGACACACGAAAGCUGAGAUGCUGGACCUGGUGAUCCUGGAGCAGUUCCUGGCUGUCCUUCCAGCGGAGAUAGAGAGCUGGGUGAGGGAAUGUGGAGCGGAGACCAGUUCCCAGGCGGUGGCCCUGGCCGAAGGAUUCCUCCUGAGUCAGGCAGAGGAGAGAAAGCAGGGAAAGGAUCUGUUUGCAGGAAUGGGUUCAGGUUCCUCUGAGGCAGAGAGGACUCGGUUGGAUGCCAGAGAGAGGCCACUGGGUGACAGAAAGACUUCGACAGAACCUCCUCCAUCUUUUCAUGGUGUCACAGGGGAAGCGGUGGCUGUGGAAGCGGAUCAGGGUUCAGUGUGCUUUGAAGACGUCGCCGUUUCUUUCACGGACGAGGAAUGGGCAUUGCUGGAUCCUGACCAGAGAGCUCUGCAUAAGGAAAUCAUGGCGGAGAAUCGUGGGAUCGUGGACUUUCUCAGUGGCAAAAUGUUAGAAGUGAAGAACAAGGGAGACCAUAUAGUGGAGAUGCUACAUAAAUAUUUGGGGUGCGGGGAGAGCUGCUGUCAGAAGGUCCGUCUCACUUCCCAGGAAAAAACUCGUAGAGGAGAGAAACAAUAUCAGUGCUCGGCAUGUGGAAAGAGCUUCGGUCACAGAGCCAACCUCGCAGCCCAUCAGAGAAUUCAUAACGGGGAGAAACCCUUUCGGUGCCAGGAGUGUGGAAAGAACUUCCGGCGGAAGGACCAUCUCAUGUCCCAUCAAAGGAUUCACGCCGGAGAGAAACCAUAUCAGUGCUUGAAAUGUGGGGAAUGCUUUGAGAACAGCACAAGCUUAUGUCUCCAUCAGAGUAGUCACAGUGGGGAGAAACCAUUUCAGUGCCAAGAGUGUGGAAAGAGCUUCAGGCGGAAGGACCACCUCACCACCCAUCAAAGAAUUCACACAGCGGAGACGCCCUUUCGGUGCCAGGAGUGUGGAAAGAACUUUCGCUGGAAGGCGAGUCUCAUUUACCAUAAAAAAAUUCAUACAGGAGAGAAACCGUGUCAGUGCUUGGAAUGUGGAAAGAGGUUUACUGUAAACUCAAGCGUCCGUCGGCAUCAGCGUAUUCACCAUGGGGAGAUACCGUUUCAAUGCCAAGAGACUGGAAAGAGCCUCGGUCAGAGCACCCAUCUCAUGCACCAUCAGAGAAUUCAUACACGCGAGAAACCCUAUUGAUGCCUGGAAUGUGGGAAGGGCUUCAGCUGCAAGGACCGUCUCACUUCCCAUCAAAGAAUUCACAGCAGGGAGAAACCAUAUCAGUGCUUGGAAUGUUGGAAGAGUUUCACCUUUAAGGAAAGUCUCGCUUCCCGUCAAAGAACCCAUAGUGGCGAGAAACCAUAUCAUGGCUUUGUACAAAUUUAAUUUUUGGAUACUUGGUACGUGAGGAUUUCAACAGUGUUUUUUUGCUUCCAACUCAGCAAAGAAAUUGACAUUGUCUCUCAAGGUCAUGGAAUUCACACCCGAUAUAGGCAGCAGUUCUUUAUACUUCUUAUCCAGAUUUGCAAGCUGCUGGAAUACCUCCUUAUGUCACAUCUGGGGAGGGGGACAAGAGCAGUUUGGCAGCACUGAUGAAGUGGCCGUCAGCGCAGAGCAAUUUAGACACGGCCACUUCAAGAGCCUCCAAGUUGCAAAGCAGUGGUGCGCCUUGAUUACUCUUGCUGCAAGACCUGAACCGCUGGAAAGAAAGGAGUCUCAAUAUCUUCACUGCUCUGGGCAAAAAUGAGGAUGCUCUAAAGGAUGCAGGGCCCAAAAUGGCAAGUCCUCGCAGCUCCCCACCCCCUGCUUAAGGGCUAACUCCAUUUUUCAAUUUCUCUCUCCCACCCCACUCCCCAGCAAAGCCUUUUCCGCAGUGCUGCUGGAGAAGAUGUGAGCAAUCAUUGGAUGGUAGAGUUUAAGGGUUGACACCCCCCCCCCAACAAUACUAAAGAAGAACUUGGAACAGCCGCCUCAUCUGGGAGCCACAAACCCACCUGGAUUGAGGUCAGAAGGAUCCUUGUUUGUGGCCUCUUUCCUGUGAACAUCCGUCUAGCACAGCUUACUCAGAAGGCUGGUGGCUCCAACAUGCUAGAAAAGUCACUCCCGAGAGGAGGACAGGAAAGCCCGUCUCCCCCUUACAAAAAGUCCAAAGGAGUGAAUUGUAGAUUUGGAAGGGAUCCCAAAGCUCAUCUUGCCCAACCCACUGCAAGGCAGGAAACAAGGAGAAGAGAAUUUUAUUGCCAGCCCAUUGACCAGCAACACAACCUGCAGUGCGGACGGCUCUUCCGGGUUCCUGCUGGCCAGACUGAUUUCCCAUAAUGCUCCAUCCCACUCCCCGGGCUUCACACGUUCUCUCUCUUUCCCCCACCCCCAGGAAGUCAGUACAGGUUCUGUGUCCAUUGAGUAU